GUGUUGACCGAUGGAACAGCGCCACCUGUUGUUAAAUAUUAUGUGCUUUUAUUCAGUCCUUCUCCUGGUCUCUGAUAUAUUCAGCCUUGGUGUCUGAAAGGUUUUAUUGUAGUUUUGAGUGUGAACCCAUGAUGCCUCUGACUGGUGAUGAGCUCAUGUGUCCGAAGUUCCAGCCCAACAUCUUCGACUCCACCCGCUGCCAUGACUGUUUACGACAGAAACACCUGCACAACUGUUCACCUGAACACACAUCUGAACCCAACACAGCUGCUACACAAAUUAAGAAGAAAGACACCAGCGCCAAGGAGGACUCAGAUGUGCUGUCAGUGGUAAGCAGCUACUGUGAUGUCAGCAGAAGGGGGCGUGGCUUUGAGGACAGUUCCCUCUGCAUUUUGAGUCCCGACUGUGACCUGUACCUGUGUGACGGAGACGACGACCAAAGCUCAGACAGUCAGUGUGAAGAUUCUAUAUACAGCAGCUCUGCUGGUUUUGAGGAAGACUCCAGCCUCCUUCAUUAUCCCUUAUCUCACUGCAGAAUGACCCGUUUGGAUCUGUCACCACACCGGACGAACCCUCGUGGCUGGACAGAGGUCAUGGCCAAUGACCGUGAUGGUUUUAAAAACUUUAGUUUUUCUCAGGGUAGUGUGAAUGAAAAGAGGGAUAGAGAGAGUGGAUAUUUUUCUUUGGGAAAAUCUGCAGGUAUUAGAACUGUCCACGAUAAAAGGGCUCCUUCUCCUUAUCGCCAUUCAGAGAGAGGUCAUCCUCUUCCAAGCAGCAAAAGCCCGGAACUCAAAGCGACCAUUCCAUUUCGGAACCCGGAUCUGGGUGUGCCUUCUGAAAGGAGAACCUCUGAGUUUCAGAAUCCUGAACUGACAAACUGUACUCCAAACUUUACUCCAGAGCCAGUGGAUCUCAGUGCAGAGGUAGAGGUCCUGGCUGGUCCCAGGUCUCUAAGUCCCACCCCUUUCAAACAAGCUGAAUCUCUCAAUACCUCUAACCAAAGAAGUCAACGAAAUCCCCAGCCGUCUCUUUACCGGCAACAGGGAACUCUCAGCUCUUCCCAAAGAAGCUCCAGUCUUUCACGGUCCUCGUCUCCCGGUCGUAGUACCUCCCCGUUCAGACGGGGUGAGUCCACCUCCUCUCUAAACACAGUGGGUAUUCGUUCUGGCAACUUCACACAGGGAAGAGAGCAGGUAUCGAGCACUCCUGCAUGGAAUAGUUGCUCUACAGGCUUACAGAAAAACUUCAGAUCAAUUGCAAGCACUGUGGGCAUGGUCAGUAGUGUCAGUAAAUCAGCGUCUUACAUGGAUCUGAGAGGGUCGUUACGCAAUUCUGAGAACAACAACUCCCAUGCUGGGUCUACAGUAAACCAUGGUAGGUCCUCCCCUAAUAGACAGAGUUACAGAGGCUCUGGGCAAACUGCUCCUUGGAAAACGGAAAGCCCUUCGUAUAAAGAAAAUCAUAACAGACAGAGCUCCCCCCAUACAAGUAGACGCCAUGAUGUAAGAAGCCAGUCCCCAAAAGGUAGAAAGGAGACAAAUAGCUCUUCAAGUCAAAUUCAAGAGGGUCGUCGUAGUGCAUCUCCAGUCAGAAAGGGCUAUGGAACCCUGAGCCAAUCAGAGAAAACUUACAUGUCUAAAGAGGGGUAUUAUAACAAAGAAAGCCCCCUGCCAUCCAGGAAAAGCAAUGGAACUCAGAUUCAACCAUCACCAAAAAAAUCUGAGGCCAAGAGCUCCCUUCACAGCUACAACCGAGACAGUCGACACUCCUCCCCUAGUAGAGGUCAUCACCAUGAAUUGUCGCUUCGUAAAACCAAAACAAGCCAGCUUUCCUCAAAUUGUGGGACGAAGAGCCGCAGUUCCUCCCCCUUAAGGUGGGGAAAUGACAAUCCUAGCCAAUCUUUACCUCGCAAAUCAGAGAUUGCCCAGCGCUCAAGUGUGUCUACACUGAGACACGACCCUGUAGGCCACACCCCUCUAAGGAACACAAUGAGUGACAGAACAGACUUCACCUCUUAUGUCAAAAGCAGCAUGAGUACCAAAUCACAACGUGAAUCGAACCCUCCAUUAGACCACUGGAGAGGCUCCACCCACUCUCUCCAGUCAGUCUCACGUAGCUCCUCCCCUUCACGCCACAUCAGCGAGAAGAAACCAUUGAGCUCUCCUCAUAAAUCUCCUCGUAUUGCUUGGGAAACAUCCCAAGAUGUAAGUAAGAGGAGCAGUGUGAAGCAAGACCGGGAGAUUAAAAGCUUCACCCCUAACAGUCGUCCAUCACUGUCCCAAAAACAGAGCCUUUCACCUCAAAUGCAAAGACACACCUCUUCUCAAAGCUCAAUGGACUCUGAAUCAAGUCAUCUGUCAGCCGGGUCUUCAGGUUUAAACCGAGAGGAAUACGCCACGAUGGCUCACCUUCCUAAAGUUAAAACGGUCUUCCAGAGGGAGGGUUCCAGUCACUUGGAAAGAAUCAAAAGCCAACAGAGACAGGAACUUCUGUUCUACAAACCAGCCAGUCACUCCCAAAGCAAAGCUCCUAACUCAGAAUGGGAUGAACCCGAUGAAGACAGGGACAGUGGUAGACUCUCAAGAGCACACUCCUCUAGCUCUCUAUAUACACAGAGAGCAAGCAGUCCAACUACAGAGCAGAUUCACUCGUACAGGACUCCAUCCAGAGGAUCCGAACUGAAACAGAAAGCACACAGACCGUCAGUGUAUUUCUCCUGCAGUGUGGAGCAGACUGAUGAUGAAUCCAUCCAACAGGCAUGUCCUCAUAUCUUUAUUCAGCUCUCCUGUUAG